UUUCCUUCCAAACGGCCAAACCCUCACCCCACCAUUUGGUACGAAGCUUCCCAUAAUUUGUUUCCCUUCCCUUUCGAAAAAAAAAAGCGAAUAAUGGACGCAACAACCACCGGGGAUAAGCCAAUCAAGAAACGACGGCAGGCGGAGGGCCGAGCCCCAACGUCGACGGAGGAGGAGGAGGCGGAGGGACCGACUCGAGCGGCGGCGCCGGAGGAAGAGGUGGAGGAGUUCUUCGCGAUACUGAGGAGGAUCCACGUCGCCGUCAAGUACUUCGAGAGGAGCGGGGUCGAGGCCGGCAGCCUACUGAGCGCGGGGAAGAGAUGGAGGCCGUCGUUCGAGAAGGAGGAUUUCGUGAGCGGCGGCGGCGGGAGCGACGAGGUGGUUGCGGUUGGUGAUUGUGACGACGGAGGGAAUUAUAAGGAAGCGGGUUCGGAGGUGGAAAGAGCGGGUUUGGAUCUCAACUCGGAUCCUCCGCUCGAUUUAACUUUUCAACUAAACUAGAUGCGGCGGCCGGCUAGUGCGCGCAUGCUACUUCUAUAUUGUGUAGAAUUUCGUUUCCUCUUUCUUCUUUUGUUGGAUAUGAUUUUCCAUUUACUAAUUUGCAAAUCAUCUUCUAAUCUUAUACAUGUUCAGUGCUUAUGCAUUGAGAUCCACAGAUCCAGCAAGCUAGCACAAUAAUUUCGUGAGGUUUUAUAUAUGGGGUUGUGACUUGUGAUCAUAGGGUAAUGCACUGCGGUUCGGAUCAUAAAUUACUGAUCGAUUAGGUUGUUAUAGUUAAUUAUAUAUCCAUAUAUAUGAUUAUAUGUUGUUGGAAUGAUAUAAGGAUUGAUUUUGUUUACAAUGAAAUAAUAUUUCACAAACUAACACAAGUUAUACGAUUAGAAAAAGGUGCUAUAAAAGACUAUACUUAUC